AUGUAUACACACUACACCCUAGACAGCGUCCAUGUAUACACACAACGGACGAGGUGUGGCGGAGGAAGAGGUGUGGUGGAGGAAGAGGUGUGGCGGAGGAAGAGGUGUGGCGGAGGAAGAGGUGUGGCGGAGGAAGAGGUGUGGCGGAGGAAGAGGUGUGACGGAGGAAGAGGUGUGGCGGAGGAAGAGGUGUGGUGGAGGAAGAGGUGUGGCGGAGGAAGAGGUGUGGCGGAGGAAGAGGUGUGGUGGAGGAAGAGGUGUGGCGGAGGAAGAGGUGUGACGGAGGAAGAGGUGUGGCGGAGGAAGAGGUGUGGCGGAGGAAGAGGUGUGGCGGAGGAAGAAGUGUGUCGGAGUGAAUAG